AGACGCCUCAUGGGGCCUGAGAAAUGGGCUGUGGCGAUUUUACUUCUGCAGCUCUGCUGUGCUGGCUGUGGGCUGUGUGGCAGGGUCCUGGUAUGGCCCUGUGAUAUGAGUCACUGGCUCAAUGUGAAGACUAUCCUUGAGGAACUGGCAGAGCGAGGGCAUGAGGUGAUGGUUCUGACUACGCACAAUGUCCUGCUGGGUCGCAGCAAACCUUCUACAUUGAACUUUGAGGCAAUUCCUCUGCCAAAUGAAGAAGUUGCUGAACGUUCGUUGAAUGACCUUGUAGAGCUAAUGGUAAAUGUCAUGCCAACUUUGUCAUUGUGGCAAAAGACAAUAAAAUUGCGAGAUUUCUUUCUAAAAACAACUGAGCAGUUUGAAAUUCUCUGUAGGAGUGCAGUUUACAAUGAGACUUUCAUGAGGAAGCUGCAAGAGUCCAAGUACGACGUGAUGGUGAUAGACCCUGUGAUUCCCUGUGGGGAGCUGGUGGCCGAGUUGCUUCACAUACCGUUCGUGAACACGCUGCGGUUCAGCAUGGGAAGCACCAUCGAGAAAUACUGUGGCCAGCUUCCAGUGCCUCUGUCCUAUGUUCCUGUCAGUAUGGGAGAGCUGACUGACAGAAUGACCUUCACAGAGAGAGUGAAAAAUGUAUUACUUUCAGGUUUCUUUGACUUUUGGAUCCAGCAAUAUGACUAUGAGUUUUGGAACAAGUUUUACAGUGAAGUAUUAGGGAGACCCACUACAUUAUGCGAGACUGUGGGCAAAGCUGAGAUUUGGCUAAUCCGGACGUACUGGGAUUUCGAGUUUCCUCGUCCAUACUUACCCAAUUUUGACUUUGUGGGAGGACUGCACUGCAAACCUGCCAAACCAUUACCUAAGGAAAUGGAAGAAUUUGUCCAGAGCUCAGGGGAACAUGGCAUUGUGGUGUUUUCUCUGGGGUCAAUGGUCAAAACCCUUCCAGAAGAAAAGGCCAAUCUCUUUGCCUCUGCCCUCGCCCAGCUUCCCCAGAAGGUUUUGUGGAGAUACACAGGACCGAAACCAGCCACACUGGGAUCCAAUACUCGGCUUUUUGAUUGGCUCCCCCAGAAUGACCUUCUAGGACACCCCAAAACCAGAGCUUUCAUCACCCACGGUGGAACCAAUGGGGUCUAUGAAGCCAUUUACCAUGGGGUCCCAAUGGUGGGGGUCCCCAUGAUCGCUGACCAGCCUGAUAACAUCGCUCACAUGAAGGCCAAGGGAGCCGCCGUGGAGGUGAACCUGAACACCAUGACAAGUGCAGACUUGCUGGGGGCCCUGAGGACAGUCAUCAAUGAGCCUUCUUAUAAAGAGAACGCCAUGAGACUAUCGAGAAUCCACCACGACCAGCCAGUGAAGCCCCUGGACCGCGCCGUCUUCUGGAUCGAGUUUGUCAUGCGCCACAAAGGGGCCAAGCACCUCCGGGUGGCAGCCCAUGACCUCACCUGGUUCCAAUACCACUCUCUGGAUGUGCUUGGGUUCCUGAUGGCCUGUGUGGCCACUGCUAUAUUCUUGGUUGCAAAAUGUUGUUUGUUUUCUUGUCAAAAACUUGGUAAGACAGGAAAGAAGAAAAAGAAGGCAUAAAUCAAGAAAAAAAUAAUAUUUUUUCUAGGUUUCACAAAGUCCUCAAUAAGGCUAUCCUGUUAUUUUAUCCACAGUGAAUUCAUCAAACACACAUUUUCAUCUUAUUUUCAAACACCCAUUAUUCUAUCUUAGCCAGGGUUGAAGACUAGAAUUCAAUACAAUAUUUAUCUACUCUGUUCAUUCUUCCCUUGUCAGUUCCCAGGUAGCCUUACCAAUCUCCUCUCACCUGGUCUACACAAAGGGAUCAUUAAUUCUAAAUAUGUUUUAUACAAAGUAUCAUUUUAAAAUUCAACCUGAAGUGAUAUGAUGGCCAACAGUAUGAUGAAGACACUCAAUGAAUGGCAUUGAUGUUUGUAAGGUCCUCACAAAGGUGGAAGUCACAAUCCCCACAAAUCCUACAGCAGAAGACAUUCCCCAGAAUGAAUGUGUUAUGAGAAGAUUCAUGAUUUUCUUUUUAAACAAAAAUGAACUUUUCUGUUUCUCCAGUGUCACAGGGAUGCAUGAGUUCGUAAUGGAUAUGGCAUAUCAGGGCAAAGGCCUGGAAAUCU